AUGAUCAAGAUGGCGAAAUAUCUCUACCUACUCACAUGCAGUUUAGCUCUCGCAACGAGUGCAAGUGUGGUUUCUCGCCAGAACAACGAAACUUUGUACGUCGAGGCGAUAUCGGAUUAUGUCGAUUCUAUCUCCAAUGACAUUUGGAACAUUAGCAAGACGAUACAUGAUAAUCCUGAAUUGGGCUUCAAGGAAUUUAAGGCACAUGACCUACUCACUUCAUUCAUGGAAACGCAGGAGGGAUGGACUAUCACCAAGUCUCUAUACAACAUCAGCACUGCCUUCUCUGCUGUCUUUGAGGGCUCGGGAGAUGGACCUAUUGUGAGCUUCAACUCGGAAUAUGUUGGAGUCACUGGUGCACUUGCCACAGCCAAUAUCAUGAAGGAGCAUAACCUGCCCGGCAAGGUCAUCCUUUUUGGAACUCCAGCAGAGGAAAGCUUGGGCGGUAAAGUCGAUAUGCUGGAGGCCGGCGUCUUUGAAGACUACGAAAUCGACGUCAGUCUAAUCGCUCAUCCCACCAACGGCCCAGACACGCCCUAUAUGCGGACCUUCUCAACAAGCCGUCUAGAUCUUGAGUACUACGGCAAAACCGCCCACGCUUCAGCCGCGCCGUAUGAGGGCAUCAACGCACAGGACGCGCUGGCCCUAGCCUACAACGCUAUUAGCAUGUUGCGACAACAAUCUAAGCGUAGCGACCAAGUGCACGGCAUCAUCACAUCCGGUGGACAAUCCAUCAACGUGAUUCCCGAACUCUCCAGUGCUUCCUUCCAACUCCGUUCCAACGACGACGUCGACCUCGCGUCCUGGGAAAAGCGCAUCCUCAAAUGCUUCGACGCCGGCGCUCUCGCAACCGGUGCAACCCUCAACCUCACCAUGCGCGAAAACAGCUACAGCGCCAUGCUAUCCAACACGCUUCUCGCCUCCUCGUUCGCAAAAUACUUCACCUCGCUUGGUGGCGAGGUGCCGGACCCGCAACUCGAUAGGAUCAAGGAGCAAGGAGGGAGUACAGAUCAAGGCAAUAUUAGCAAAAUGUUCCCGAGCAUUCAGCCUAUGUUUCAGAUUUACAAUGAGAAUGGGAGUGUGCCGGAUGGUGGGCCGCAUACGGCGGCGUUUGAGGUCGCGGCGGGCUCGAAGAAGAGUUUUGAAAAGGCGUUGAUGACGGCGAAAGGUUUGGCGGGGGUGGCGGUAGAUGUGCUGACUCUCGAGGGAAUGUUGGAUGCUGUUAAGCAGGAGCUUAAAGGGAAUCCCAUGCGAAGAGUCUAA